AUGGAGAAGCGGCAGACCAUGCUGCUGCCAGGUCUGGCCAACCAUCCGGCGGUGGGCCGGCUCGACCUGCGCUUCUGGGGCAGCGGCUCCGAGUCACAGAUGAACCGCGGCCCACUCGGCUGCGGCCUCCCCGUCGAGGGCGACCACCCGUGGCUGGUGGCGCUCGGCUUCACAGGACCCGACGGCCGCGUCAUCUUUUCGUGCUCGGGCGCGCUCAUCAGCGACCAGCACGUAGUCACGUCGGCCCGCUGCGCACUCGGUACCCGUGGCUACAUGCUCAGCACGGUCAGACUGGGCGAGUACGACUUUAGCAGCCGGCGAGAUUGUGUCUGGUACGACCCGACCCUGCGCACCGAGGCCAGGGACGUGGCCGUCCACUCGCUCACCGUGCACCCCGACUUUGUCAAGCACGGCGGCGACACGAGCCGCUUCGACGUGCCGCUGCCGCAUCGCCUGUUUCCGCUGACGAUGGGCCUGCACAGUGGGCUUCCGCCGGCGUCCGACGGUGCUGCCACCUGCCGCGAGUGCAGCCGCCAGAGGAGCACCACCACGCACGUGAUGGACGAAGAGAAGCUAGCUGUGUACAACACCAGCUACUAUGGCCCGGAGCCGUGCCAGUACCGGCUGCUGUCGGAGGCGGACGGCGAGCCAAACCGCUGUCUAGGCUCUGGCACGCCGUGCGUGACUGACCUGGGCGCGCCCCUGGUGGCCCCCGACCAGUUCGGCUCGGCCUUCUUCCUGAUGGGCGUGGCCAGCAUGCGGCCAACGCAGAAAGAGUCCUGCCUGCCGGGAGCAUAG